AUGUCCGCUCCGACCGGAGGUCCCGGUGGCCAGCUGCCGCCGGGCGUAAACCCCAAGAUUAUCUUUGCAGACUUGCCCAAGAUACCGGCCCUCGCCACGUCACACGGCACCAUCAUGGGCCUCGUGUUCGUGGUGAUCCUCCCUCUCGGCUCCUUUCUGAUCCGGGCAUCCAAUUCCAAGAAGUCUGUAUGGGCGCACGUCGCGUUCCAGCUGGUGGGCUGGAUCCUGAUGUUUGGCGGUUUGGCCACCGGAAUCAAGAUGGCCAAAAUCCUGGAUAGGCUCCAUAACAACGCCCAUACGAUAUUGGGAACCGUCGUCAUCGCCGCUCUCAUCCUGCAGCCCAUCUUUGGCUUCCUCCAUCACCGCCGAUUCAAGGCUACCCAGCAGCGCACCAUCUGGUCCCACAUCCACGUCUGGUACGGCCGCGUGCUGAUCUUGUUGGGCAUCGUGAAUGGAGGACUCGGCUUGCACCUGUCGAGGGGGACGCCCGCCUAUAGCAAAGCCGGUACCAUUGCGUAUUCUGUCCUGGCAGGCGUUGUUGGCCUUGCGCUCGUGGGGUUGAUGGUUUGGGUAGAGCGUUCGCGCAGACGUACGCUGGUUGAGAAUGGCGGCGAAAAGGCUGCAGUUCCUGCCACGGCGCAAGCGUAA